AUGACCACGGGUUUACCCUCAACGGGGAUGAAGCGUGAUUCAUGGAUGACUCAAUUGUUGCCAACCUCUGGUUCGAAUAUUGCGGCUGCGUUGAAACCAAGAAAAUUUCUGCAAGGUGUAUCGGGAUCUGGGGAGACUGGCUACGACAGCUCGUGGUUUAAAACCCCCGGUGGUGAUCCGAGCAACGUAAACGAGGAUCCAGAGGCUAUCUGCGGUGAUAAAACUCAGAUCAGUCUGUUGGAUUUGCAUCGAAAAAAAUUGCAAAAAAAAUCGAAAAAGAAAGAGACAAAACACGAGGACAAAAACGUGGAGAAGAAGAAAAAAAAGAAAAAGAAGAGUAAGCAUAAGCAUAAAAAAGAACAUCUAAAAAAGAAAAAGCGGCAUCGGCGAGACAGUGACAGCAGUACCAGUGACAGCGAUAGUAGCAGUAAUUCCUCGGGAUCACCCUCUCCGCUGGCCCCGACUGUGCGGCGUCCAUUUGAUAGGGAUAAAGAUUUGAAAAUUUCCCGCAUGGAUUCUUCAGCUCGCCAUGCACUGAUUGAACGCUCAAAGCAAUUGUCCAGUCGAUUUGGUCACGGUUCCCGGCAGUUUUUGUGA